UCGCCUGCGCGGGCGCAGUGUUCGGCGGCGCGGCGUGUGGCGAGCUCGUCUCGUGGGUCAGAAUUGUCUCGCUCUCGUCUAGUGUUUGGGUCAAAAUCGACUCGUCUCGUGCUGCGUUCGCGACACAAUCGUCUCGUUAGUGUGUGAUGUGAUCUUAUUGGACGACUUAUUAGUUGACGAGGGGUUAUCUUCCUGUGACUUGACAUUCAUUCACGUAAAAUGGUACAAAAAGUAAUUGUAUUUAUUGUGGCACUAAUAUGUGGCAUAACAGACACAAUUUCUUCACCACAACUGAUUCGUAAGCCGUUUACACUUGAAGAGAUAGUGCCUCUGCAACCACAAUUCUUUCCCGAGCGAGUCGCUGUUCAGUGGAUAUCAGAUACAGAGUACAUAGUCGCUGAGCCGGGGUCUGUGAACAAAUAUGACGCUCUUACUAAUACAUAUACCACGAUUUUAGACCAAACAGAAUUGUUAAAUUUAAGCCGGUAUGACGUGUCAUCGUUUUCAAAUGACCAGAAAAAUCUGCUAUUGACAAAAAAUAGACAAAAGGUGUAUCGAUAUUCAGCUGUGGCGGAAUACUCCGUUUAUAAUAUUGAAGACAAGUCUAUCAGAAAUAUCAGCCAGGGCCCACUACAGGUGGUCGUGUGGGGCAAGGAUGAUUCACUAGCUUACGUGCAGAAUAAUAAUGUAUAUUAUAUUCCUGAUGUCGCUAAUCCUACAGUGGUAACAGCCCUUACUACUGAUGGUGUUAACGGACAGAUUUAUCAUGGUGUCACGGAUUGGAUUUAUGAAGAGGAAGUGUUUAAUGCUGCGGAAGCAAUGUGGUUCUCGCCUAACGGAACCUCCUUAGCUGUGGCUUCCUUCAAUGAUACUCUAGUCGAGUCGGCCGUGUUUCCUUACUACGGGGAGUCUUCUGAAAUUGACUACCAGUACCCUCUGAUGGUCCAAUUUAAGUAUCCUAAGGUAGGUCGCACUAACCCUGAUGUGCAGCUACGAGUCUUCAAAUUAAAUGAGUCUGAGAGCAAGCCAAUGGUUAUACCUGCGCCAGUUGAUAUUGUUGGAUUGGAUCACAUCUUAGGCAGAGUUAACUGGGCCACUGACCAAAACCUCAUUGUAUUAUGGCUCAACAGACGACAAAGCAUUAGCGUGCUGACUAACUGCGAUUUGAAAUUAGAUAAGUGCAGUAUUUUAAAACAAGAAACAGAGCCUAGUGGCUGGGUCGAUAUCCGGGAGCCAUUUUUCGAUCCUUCUGGAACUCAAAUGCUAGAAGUUCAACCUUUGUCUUAUAACGAUCAGAGAUUUAUGCACGUGGGCCGUUUUGACUUUAACACUCAGCUCACAGAAGAUUUAAGUCCAGGAAAUUCGACAGUCACUGAGAUAUUGGGAUGGAAUCAUGACACAGAUACCGUUUAUUACAUUAUUUCGCCUGGCACUGAACCUUGGAAGAGAGAAUUGUGGGCAACUUCGAAAGGAAAUGCCAAGUGUAUUACAUGUAAAAAGCCUCACUGUAAUAAUGUCGAUGGAGCAUUUUCACCUGGUGGCAGCUACGGAAUAAUAAUUUGUGCUGAAACUAAUGUCCCUCCAAUUUCUUAUUUUUAUACUAGUCAGAACGAUUCAAUGAAAUUGCUCACUGAUAACUCUAGACUUGUUAAUUUAUUAAGUCACUAUAAGAUUCCUAUGGUCCUGUUCAAUAAGAUGUCUUUAGAAGAAGAAACGAUGUCACAUAUUAAGUUAUUAUUGCCAAGCGAAAUGGAAUCUGGGAAAAAGUAUCCAAUGAUUAUAAGAUUAUAUUCUGGACCAGGAACGUCUAGAGUUAAAGAUGUUUAUGAUAUGGAAUACUACAAUUUGUACUUAAGUAGCAAUCGAAGUUUUAUAGUAGCGUCAAUCGAUGUUCGAGGCUCAGGCGCGAUGGGAGUAGAGGCAAUGCACGCGCUGAACAACGCUCUGGGGACAGUUGAAAUUACUGAUACUUUAGCUGCUAUAAGGCGUCUUAUUGCCACAUACGAUUUCAUUGAUCCCAAACGAAUCGGUGUAUGGGGCUGGAGCUAUGGCGGAUACGCGACCACCAUGUUGCUCAUCAAGGACGAAGAAAAGUUACUGGCAUGCGGAGCAGCAGUCGCACCUGUUACAUCUUGGCUGUACUAUGAUUCAAUAUACACUGAGCGAUAUAUGGACACACCUCAGAACAAUCCAGAAGGUUACAAUAAUUCUGAUGUGAUGAUUGCUGCAGAAAAGUUGCGAGGCCGUCAAUACCUAUUAGUACACGGCACAGGUGAUGACAAUGUGCAUUUCCAGCACAGCAUGCAACUUGCGAAGAAAUUGCAGCGAGCUGAUAUUGCCUUCGAACAAAUGAGUUACGCUGAUGAAAACCAUUCGUUAAGAGGUGUGAGUCGGCACUUUUAUCACACAUUAGACCACUUCUGGACAGAGUGCUUUCAUUCAUAACUGAAAGUAUCACUCACCCAUCGGUACAAUCGAAUUGAAGAUAAAGACUGUGAUUUGACUAUGGUGACUAAAAUGAGAUUAUUUAUGACGUCUUCCACGAGUGUUUAAAUCAAUGUGAUAUUAAUGAGGACCAAAAAAAAUAUUUUUAUUUGUAUUAUUACUAUUACUUUGCAACUGCAUCUUUACUACCUAAUUAGAAUACGUUCCAAAAUAUAGAUGUUUCAUAAAUUUCAGACAAACUUUCAAAACGUAGACAACAGAAGUAUUGUUAAUGAAUUAUUUUAAUUUAGAAAUCUACCUUAAACUUCAUUUUAUUGCAAUAUUACGAAAACAAAAUCUUACAUUCGACCUUCAACUUCAUUAACUUUAUUUCAUUGCGCUAUGAAUAAUAUUACGAAAACAAAAUCUUUUGCUGUGUUCAGUUGUAUAAGUACUGGUUGUUUUAUAAUAAUAAUAAUAAAACCGACUACUUAUUAUAAA